AUGCCGUCAAUACCUGCUGAUGUCUAUCGUGACAUUUUCAGCUACACAGACCAGAAGACACUGAUCAGCUGUCGACGGCUGAACAAGUACGCAUCAUCCAUUGCGACGACUUUUGUAUUCCGCCAUGUACGCCUAGAAGCUGCAUAUGAUAUCGGCAACUUCAUCAACGUCGUCACCUCGCCUUUGCGGCACUGCGUUCGUGAGCUCACCGUCGACACUUGGGCUGGGCCACAUGCUACGGACUCUGUCAACCGAGAUAUCUAUCCGCGACGAGAUUUCUACCGAGCUCUAUCGUACCUUAGGUUCUUCAGAAACUUGAACCAUCUCAACCUGAAGUUCGAUGAAUGGUGCGGCAAACGUGGAGACGAGCAGGACGCCUGGAGUGCUGCCAUCAAUGAAAACUACGACUUUCGCUUUUCGGUUCUUGACAUCAUAUUCCGCUGCCUUGCUGGUAACUGGACUCCCGAAUUACAGCACGGGCAAGAGGUUUCAGGCUUGGUCUCGUCCGAAAUUGACAGUGAAGGCAGCAUUCCGGGCGACCCUGUAAACGACAGCUUACCACCGGGCGUUGAUGCAGUAGGGCCUAUUGAUAUCGGCACCUUGACAAUAAGCAACUUAGCAGACUUCAAUGACGAAAGAUUGACCCAGUCAGAUUCGUUCAAGAAAGUCAUAUCAUUCAGCAGCCUCAAAAGUCUAAAAUUGCUUAUAUCAGAUCAAUACACGACAGCCCCUGACGAUUCUGUUUGGUAUCGAGAAAGGUACGACUUCUUCGACAGCAUUCCCCAAACUUGGCUUUCGCCCUCCAUUGCCCAGAAUAUUAGGGUUUUGUCAUUGUACUUUCGAGAAUACUGGGGAUGGAACCCGAAGAUGGAUUUCAGAACUGUCAACCCUGGCACGGGCCCCAACUCUGGUAUGCCUAACCUGCGCGUCCUGGCCCUAGGGAAUUAUGUUUUCAGCCACGAUUGGCAAAUCGACUGGGUUGCCUCGCUGGGAAAGCGGAAUGGGAAGGGAGGACUGGAAGAAUUGUAUCUGGAUGACUGCCCAAUCAUGUGGCAGGCACGUACCCUUCGACCCCUCGACGAAUCCAAUACGGUUAUUGAGUUGCAAGAUGGCGGAGUUCUCGAAGUCUCCAACACUGGCUAUCCGUGCAAGGACGGUAUGUUUGCAGGACGAAGAGCCUGGAAUGUUGACAAAUUCAAUUACCAUCUACGCUGGUGUUAUGUCCUCGACCAUUGGAGGGAAAAGAUGGUUGGCUUGAAGGUAUUCAACAUGGGCCAUGGCUAUUGGCAUGGCGACCCGUUAUAUAUCACGGUCCCCGGCCCCGAUGGGACUCCGGUAUUAAAACUCGAGUACAACCCUGGGGACCCUAAAUGGAGGGAGCAGAGAUCCCAAGUCAUGAUGCGAAGCGGGCGCCGAGGGCAGUUGAUGCCAGAUCUGGUCCAUCUCAAUUAUGACUGUCCUAGACUCGCUGAAUUUCCCAUCGCUUAUGCUGCUGAGAAUGAUGCUCCGUACUGCUACGGAGUUGGGCUGGAGCAUGAGCGCCAAUAUAUCCUGCAGUAUAUCCAUUUUGACAUUGAACUUGCCCCUAUAGAGUGGGUAGAGCGUGAUGAUGCCAGGACUGUCUUCGAAGAAUUGGGGCUGAACGCAUACGAGACUGCGAAAAGGAGAGACGAAAAGGCAUAUCAGCAGCUGCAGGAUGCUGUUCUGGAGAGAAGCAAAUCAGGCGCUGAGCGGCCGGAAGGCUCAUGCUUCGUGGAGCUUUCAUAUGAUGAUGAUAGUGGAGUGGAGUACAGAGCUCGGUGCACGCUCCCAGCCGACUUCCAGUGGGGCUACGCAACAGCUGCCCCGCAAAUAGAAGGAGCAUGGAAUAAGGAUGGUAAAGGCCUGUCGAUAUGGGACACUUUUGGCCACACGCCUGGGAAAGUCAAAGACAGCAGCACCGCUGAUGAUACAACCCGCUCCUACGACUUCUACAAGCGAGAUGUAGCCCGGAUGAAAGCCUACGGUGUCACCGGCUAUCGUUUCUCUCUGUCGUGGUCCAGAAUAAUCCCGCUUGGCGGUAAAGACGACCCAGUGAACGAGCAAGGGUUGAAAUUCUAUAGCGACCUGGUCGAUGAACUUCUAGCCAACGGCAUCACCCCUUUCGUAACUCUUUUCCAUUGGGACACGCCGCAAGAGCUGGAGAACCGGUAUGGCGGCAUGCUGAAUAAAGAAAAGUACAUUCCGGACUUCAAUCGGUACGCUCGAGUCUGCUUUGAGCGACUAGGAGACCGUGUCAAGAACUGGAUCACCUAUAAUGAGCCCGGAGUCUAUACUCUAGCUGGUUACGCAGCCGGCGUGCAUGCCCCUGGGCGAUCCAGUUUCCGAGACCGGAACGAGGAAGGCGAUUCAAGCACGGAACCAUUCAUUGUGGCACAUACGGAGCUGUUGUCGCACGCACAUGUGGCCAGAAUCUACAAGGAAGAGUUCAAGCCCAGGCAGAAGGGGACGAUCAUGAUCACCCUGCACGGGAACUGGAACGAGCCCUGGGACGCGGACGACCCCAAGCAUGUGGAGGCAGCGCAAAGAGCGCAGGAAUUCGAGAUUGCAUGGUUCGCCGACCCUUUAUACAAGACGGGCGACUACCCACCAUCGAUGCGCGCACAGCUUGGGGACAGACUUCCCCGGUUUACCCCAGAAGAGAGCAAGUUGGUCUUGGGCAGCUCUGAAGCGUAUGGAAUGAACUCUUAUACAACGUUCUUCGUAAAAAAUAGAGAUGCGGAACCGGAUAUAAACGACCACAAGGGCAACGUUGAGGUCUUUGACACGAAUAAGCAAGGCGUGGAGAGAGGUAUUGAGAGCGACACGCCAUGGCUCCGAACCUCGCCACACGGCUGGGGUAAGCUAUUGAGAUGGAUCUGGGAUCGCUACCAGACUCCUAUCUUUAUCACCGAGAACGGAACGACGGCAAAGGGCGAACAUGACUUCAAGCCAAGCGGCCCUGAUGACAUCCUCGAAGAUCCCCACAGGGUUGACUUCUUCAAGAGUUACCUGACAGAGGUUGCAAAGGCGUCGCAGGAGGGCGUGGUCAUCAAAUCGUACUUUGGGUGGACGUUCACGGACAAUUGGGAGUGGGCUGCCGGCUUCACCGAUCGCUUUGGUGUCACAUGGGUGGAUUUCAACGACCCGGAGAAGCCUAGGUAUGCGAAGCGGUCGGCCUACUUCCUGAAGGAGUUCUUUGGCCAUUUGAUCGCGGAAAGCAAGAACUAG